AUGCUUCGAGAGACACAGGUUGAGGUGCUGCGAGCUUUUUUGCAAGGCAAGCAGGACAGCUGGGUUCAUCAGAUGCUGAUGGGAGGUGAUAGCCCCAAUUUCGGCAGCCCUCCUAGCCACGCCUUCGCGUCUUUUCGUCGCCAUCGUCCCGUCCAGCCUCCUGACCUUCUCGAGAAAUCAGCAGCGCUUCUCAGUGCUCUUGACAUCACUUCUCUGUCUGCACUCGGCUUGCGGAAGGUGCUUACGUUCGAUUUUUCCCGCGAGACGAGUCACUUCGCAGCUUCUGCAUCGACUGCAGCACGCGCGACGAAAGCGCAGCGCCGUUUGCGCUUCGCCACAAAGCAUAAAGUCGCCGGCUGUCGCUGUGCCUUGGGCCUGUUGCUGGAGCGUGCAGCACAGUGGCAUGGGCAGCCGUCAGCACCAACAAUCGGCUUUCCCGUCCGGGCAGGGCUGCAGGGUGUGAGAGGGAUGAUGGCGCAGGUCUGCAGAUACACCCCAAAUGCGAACCCAUGGAGUAGUGUACAGAACAGUACCUCUAUGGACCAGUGGUCGACAAACGAGGCAGACGACAAGCUCAAGCGCGACCCGUUACAUAGCUUUGACAAGGCAUUUAGAAACGGUUGCCAUAGUUCCAACUUCCUCUGUCGUGGCACUUGCCCUGCGAGCGCCAUGGCACCGGUGGAAGAGAUCACCACAACCAAGGCCCCUGGAAAAAAAAGGCCCUUGCCACCUCUCUUGACAGAUCUGAAGGUGGAUGGCGUAUGCCAAGACGUGUGCCGCAUCAUGGCCAAGUUCCUGAACAGCAAGUCUCCUCCAGAGUCGGGCCAGGAGGUCCCAGUCAAUGCCAUCUUUUGCGUCCUGGUGUUGAGCAAGAGCCGCCAGGGCCUCCGCCUUCCUGACUGGAAGAAGGAGCAGGCUGUGCAGUACUUCCAGCAGAAUUUGGUCAUUGAUGACAAGUUCCACUCUAAUUGGUCUCGAACGCGAUCCGAGCUUUGUCUCGCUCAUUUCCGCAGGCUUGUGGACAGCUGGCACCCGGGCAAAAAGGAUUUCUGGAAGCAGUGCCGCGACUUCUGCAAGGAAUGGGCUGGCUGGCAGUCAGGACCGCCCGUGUGUCGGCCGCUGAGUGCUGGCAGGUUGAACAACUACCUCACGCACCUGGCUCGUGGAAGUGACGCGGAGGAGAUCAUACCGAGCCCAGAAAUGCUCGCUGCAGUUGACAGGUUCGGUAUCCGGGUGACCGACAUUCGGCUCACAAGCGAGAGCAUCUUCAAGUUCUGUCGGGACUGGACUGGCUUGGACUGGAGAGCAGGCUGCGCCAGCGACCCUUGUCCCUGGCCUGUGCCACAGGCAUUCAACGGAUUGCUCUGCAGCUGGAAACUACUCGCACAAGCCCGUGGGCACAAUCGAGUUUACUUGAAUCCUCCUUGGUCACAUCUGGACCUCUGGCUCCGCAAGGCGGCCAUGGAGUACGCGACGGGUCUGCAGAUCUUGAUUGUGGUUCCAAGAUGGACGGAGGAAAGUUGCAUCUCAACCCUGACCUCGGCACAAUAUAGCCUGAGGUUCGUUUCGCGACCACUGUCCCUCAAAACGCGCAGGAUGUGGGAUGCAGAGUUCGCCCACCCCACGAGUGGCAAGGCUAUGGCUCCCUUGGACGCUGAAGCCUUUUCUUGUGGCGUCGGCAAGAGUUCAGAGGCACUCAAGUCUUGCAUCAAUUUCGCCAAAAGCGUGAAACAGUCCGCACCGAACAGCGAGAGCAGGCGAAUUGCCAGGCUCCUGCGUGUGGCCGAGUUGGCAGGGCAGCAAACCUCCACGGUUGUGCUGUGGGCAUCGGAGGUGAAGGAGGUACAAAGCAGCUUCCGGAAGUCAGUGCUGAAGAAGCACUCCAGGCUGGAGUGGGUGCAGAACGCGAGAAAGAUGCUGGAGCUCUUCAGAGGAGCGACGGCAUUGAUCGAUGAGAUUGACUGGGUUCGUAAGGCAGCAAUGAUGUGCGACAUGAACUUUAGAGGGACAGGGAGAAAAGAGAUUGAGACGGAGGAGGAGUGGUAUUAUGUGCGGCUGCUGCCGCUCUUGGCAACCGAACUCGCGAGUUUUCUGGGGCCGCGCACACCGGUGCCACGAGAGGAGUUGCUCUCAUUUUUUGGUCCGGAAGGGCGCUGUGGUCCCACUUUGACAAGGCUCCCGGAUGCAGAAACCAAGCUCCUCACACUUGGUCGGCAGCUGCUCCACAGAGCAGGGAUCGUCGUGCUGACCGAAGAGGGUAUUGACAGGUUUGCCUCAUCGCAUUCGAUAUGGCUUGCUUCCAGAUCGGGCCAGGGCCCCCAGCAGCCAGCACAGCAGCUGGACUCAGCACACGUGGCCGCGGAGCACGCAGUGCCAUUUAUUGGCAAGGACUGUCCCUCCACGGCCUCAGAGUUUGCCCAUCCCGACGUUGCCAUCGGGUUGACGCUCCUGGCCUACCGCUACGAGGGUCUUCGGAAGCAAGACUUCGUUCUGCUGCUGAAGCACCCCUUGCAAGCCGCUGCGCUCCUUUUUGCAGAUUUCGGGGUCAAGGAUCUUGUCUCCGGGAGGAUGAGGCUCGGUUGGAUUCCCCUCCUGCCAAUCAGCCUUUGCUUGAAGAUGGACUGGAAGAGCCAGCGGCCAAGCAUGUCGCGGCCGGCUAGGCUCGCGAUCAGAUGUGAGUCUUCUCGGAUGGCCGUUAAGAAGCAGCUCAUCAAGGUUUUUCCAGGCGUCAUGGGCCUGAGUGACUCGCUGCUUUCGUGCACAGCACAGGACGGCAGAAAAAGAUGUCGGCGUCUUGGCUUCAGUGGUACACCCUCGGAGGUGCUGCCAGCAAGUAUGGGUAAGAUCCACUACGAGCAGGGUUGCGACGCGAAGAUUUUGAGCACACUUCUGAAUGCCAAUGUCGUGACUCGAACAGAGACUCUGCCAGCAGGGUGGGACCCUGCGUUUCUUCUGCAGCGAGCCGCGACAGGGGAGUUCCAUGCGCUCAUCGAUGCGGGGGCAUUGGUGGCAGCCUCGAAGCUCCUGGAGUCGUUGCCGGCAUCCUCGUUUUUCGGAGUGGUGUUCUUGACUGAAGCGGAUGAGUCAGUGGUUCUGGUACGAGACGGGCGCAUCUUGCCCUUGGCCGACUGCGGCUUGUUCUACGACCACGUGCACACCACUGGGCUCGAUGUGCCGCAAGCUCCCUAUGCACGUGCUGCUCUGACGCUGGGUAAAGACAUGCUGUGGAGAGACUACGCACAGGCCGCUUUUCGUAUGCGAGGGCUCGGGCCAGGGGCUGCAGUCUCAGUUGGGGGUUUCCCAACAUAG